GCUGUGACUUCCUGGCAAGUGUCCUUAUGUGCGAGUAUGUUGCAAUUUAAUAGAUCUGCAGUUCAGAGAUCAAAGUCCAAGUACAGAGAAUCGAGUAAGAGUUGCUGAUUACUUCAAUCUUCCAGCCAAAUAGACAUGGAUUAUUUUAAGAUUGCAGCUGAUGUCUCUGAAAAGAUUUUAUCAUACAAUCAAGAUACAACUGGGUGGAAAUUAGUGAAGUCAUCAAAAAAUGUUGUAGUCUCAUGGAAACCAUCUAAUGAAUAUCCAGGAAAUAUAUAUCGUGGAGAAGGAGUAAUGGAGGGAACACCAGAGAAAAUCAUUCCAUUUAUGUAUCUUCCAGAGUAUAGGUCAAAGUGGGACAAAGCUCUGCAGCAUUAUUCGCUGUUAGAGCGUAUUGAUGAGGACACUGCGAUCUGUCACAUUGUCACACACAGUUAUGGUAUGGGAAUUAUAUCAUCCAGGGAAUUUAUCGAUCUGAUACAUAUAAGGAAAUUUGAUGGGGGUGUUAUCACAACUAACUCUGUAAGUGUUGAAUAUGAAAAGUUCCCUGUAUCUACCUCAUCACAUGUUCGUGGCCAUAAUAACCCAUGUGGUUAUGUUUGUUCACCUAUCCCCAACGAUCCGUCACAUUCCAAACUUGUGGCUUUCAUCCAGCCUGAGCUAGGGGGCUUGUUGCCCCGUUCUGUGGUGGAAUCGGCGAUACCAAGUAAUAUAGUGAACCUCAUCAAUGAUGCCAGGACGGGACUAAAGCAAUAUUUAUCUCCAAACAAGAACUAGUCUUUUAGCAAUUUGUUUAAUGAUUUCAAAUGACAAAGGUGCUGUUUUUAAUCCAACAUCUGCCACAUUGAAAGUAUUUAAAAGCCAGUGUGCAUGACAUUACACAAUACUUCUAUUUUAUACAAACAUAUACUAAUGUAUUACUGUCAGACAAGUACAGUAUAUCAGUAUGAAUUGCAAAGUUAUAAUCUGUUAUUUAAAUAGGUAGUUUGUCUAGAAAGAUCCUAUUGUUAUUUGUUUAAAAUUACAAGCUUAAAAAGGGGUAUAAAACCCAUUUUUUUUCUUUCAUAAAUCAG